GCGCGGCGGAGGGGACAAACCGCGUUUGUGACGCCGAUUGGCCGGUCGCCCCGCCACCUCUGACCCCUGCCCCCCUCCCCCUCCCCGGCAACAUGGCGGCGCCCGGAGGGCGAGGCAGUUACCUCAGGGUGUCCGCUCAUGAUUGAGCGAGGGCGUCAUCGGUGACCCAGGGAAGCAGGGGAGCCGCCUGAGAGGAGCCGCCUUGAGGGUCGCUGGGCCGGCCGGCGAUGUGGCGAGGGAGCCUCGGGAGGCUGCUUAGCAAAGGGGCCCUCGCGCCCCUUCGCCCCGCGCCCCGUCCGGAGGCUUCCCCCGCGGCCUUCAGGAGGCCUUACGCGGCCCAGGCAGAAAGGAAAAGAUUUUACCAAAAUGUUAGCAUCUCCCAAGGAGAAAGUGGCUUUGAAAUCAACUUGGACAGCCGGAAGCUGAGAACUCCGCAAGCUAAGCUCUUUACAAUACCCAGUGAGCCUCUGGCUUUGGCUGUGGCAACUGAGUGGGAUUCCCAGCAGGACACUAUCAAGUUCUAUACUAUGCAUCUGACCAACUUGUGCAACACAGCAUUGGACAACCCAUCACAGCGAAGCAAAGAUCAGCUCAUCCAGGCAGCUCUGAAAUUCUUGGAGACAGAUACUAUCUGUUACCGGGUAGAGGAGCCACCAGCCUUGGUAGAACUACAGAAGAAUGAAUGGGAUCCGGUAAUUGAAUGGGCUGAGAAAAGAUACAAUGUGGUGAUUGGCUCUUCAACAAGCAUCAUGGGUCCUCCCCUCCCACAAAGCACAAAGGACACCUUCAUUAGCCACCUUGCUUCAUACAACAGCUGGGCCCUCCAAGGCAUAGAAUAUAUGAUAACACAGCUGAAGUCUCUGAUUCUAGCAAUGAGCCUCGUUGACAAACAUUUAACAGUUGAACAAGCUGUUGUCCUGUCUCGACUGGAGGAAGAGUAUCAGAUUCAGCACUGGGGGAAUGUGGAGUGGGCCCAUGACUACGAAAGGUAUGACUUGCGGGCCCGCACAGCUGCUGCCACCCUGUUUGUCCACCUUUGCUUAGAAAAUUCCACCAUCAAGCACAAGCUGCUUCAGCACUGAGGAACUGGGAUGCAGAAGAAGGAAGAGUGUCAGUUUGGAUCAACCUGAAGAAGAUCCAGGUGGAAUGGAUGAUGGAGAGGUGCUGUGAGCAUGGCUGGGCCACAGAUUAGGAGAUGGGACUCUUCCAUGCCCUUGGAGGUUGAUUCUCCCUGGAAGUUUUGGGAGUGGCUUCCUAUCCGCCUCACCUGGGCUGGCCGCUUCUGACGAGAUUUCCUUGUUUCCCAGGUUCUGCAUUUUGCCUGGCAGGUAGACAGAUUUCAGGAGCAGAGUAUUGGAAUGCUAUAUGAGCCUGCCAUAAUGGGUGGAAGGCCACAAGUUCUGUCCUGCUAGAGGUGGGAAUAUAUCGCAGCAAUUGAGCAUCUCUAUUAAGAUUGAAGACACUCUAGCUAAAGUCCCCAACAUGAGAUACGGGUUCCAACAUGCCACCAAUAUCCCCUUUGGUGACCAUAAAGAUCCUAAUUCCCCUCCACCCCCAUUUAAUUUAAAAGGGAUCAUAUUGCAAACCAAAACGGCAGGAUCCACUGCCACCUUUAUUUGCAAGAACCGUCUCUCGAUUCCAAACUGGCUUCAUAAACUUAUUAGAAAAUGAAAAAACUGUGAAUACAACUGAAUACUUUGUUUGGAGUAUGCUUUGAAGACGGACAAAAAUAAAGUGAUACAUUUUGCUCUUUUUAAAAGAAAA